AGAAGGUCGGUGUUUUCUCGAUGACGACCAUGGAUUCAUCGUCUCUCACCUGGGAGCUCACAGGGAAGCGAUGGAUGCGUGUAGGGUUCUUCACGGCGGCUGUCACAUUUGCGGUGUGGAUUCUCUGGGAGAUCGCUCUGCCGCAAGCGUCCUGGGGUUCCUUGAUCGCCGCCGCCUUCAGGUUCUUGCUCUUUCAGCUAGCGCAGCUCGUCUUCUUGCUAGGGCAGCGAUUGGUAGUCCAGCCGGAGGACCCUAACUCGUCCUCCAUCGCCGACACGCUGCUGGGAAUGGUAUUGCUGGGCAAGGCGGUAUUGGGCUGGCCGCUAGACCCAGAUUACACGUAUCUCGUCGUCCAGAGGAUCCGGGUUUUGAGAAACAGUUUUGUUCUCGCUAUCGCAACCAUGGUCUCUGGAUUCCUGUCGCUAUGCGCACUCACGCUCUCAGUGAAAUCGAAGAGCUCGUUCUUCAUCGACAUGGGUGUUCGUGGUGCCGCGCUGGGGCUGUGCUACAUUUGUCUCUACACUUGGGGGAAGGGCCAUUUGCUCAAGUUUCCGAUCAUCCAGAGACAAGUUUACUUCAGUAUGAAACUGGGGAUGACUUUGGCAUUGCGCUCGGCACUUAGAAUGGCAGUGCUCUCCAUCCCAGUCGCGGAGGUCCUCGUAAGAUCCUUGCACCGAUGUCUUGCUGGUAACUGGGGGCCCUUCUCUUUGUGGCACCAAGUCAUCUAUGUUGUCGGAGCGUUCUUUGUCGCUCUGAUCUGGAACUUGUGCUGCCACUUUAUCCAGGUGAUUCACACGAGACGGUUCGUGUUUGCGCCACCCCCGGGAUCAGCUGCAGCCGAGACUAAUCCGACAGAGCCGCUUCUUUCGGUUUUGGAAGACGACGAGGACUUGAUCAGGCAGUACCUUGGAUUCCUGGACCUGUUCAUCCUAUCAGGAGUCUCCGAGAUAAAUGUUGAGGCCUGGCGGCGAGCGGCAUUCUUCGAAGAAAGCGGUGAAGCUUACAAGAAGGUCAUCACGCUCUGUCUGCGACCACUUGACAGGCUUACAGUGAGGCUCCUGAAGGGUCUGGAAAGUGCGCAAGUAGGUGGUACCAAAGAUCACAUACCGGGAGCUGAACAAGGUGUGCAUGCCAAGGAAAACUUUCAAGAAUUGCAACUUUGCUCGUGGUGUGCGGGCAUUGUGUCUUCGCUGACGGCAUUCUCACGCACCGAAGACCGAUAUGGCGUUGCGCAGCUUACUGGCUCCAAUGCGGCGGUACUGGCAUCGCUCAUAUCCUGUCUGCUUAUCCUGGACGUCUACCUGGGACGUCGUAGUGGUUUUGGAGCUUUGAGCCUCGUCAGCCCGAACGGGAUCCGGUGGGCCGUGCCGUUCCGAGGAGCUCUGCUGGACGCGGAUAGGAAGCAAAGCGCUCUUUUCAAGAAGAAGUCUCUCCAGCACAGGAAAGCACACGUAAUGGCGGAUGUUCUUCGGACAGCAAUCUACAGGAUCGUGGCAGUUUUCAGGGACGAGAUGGUAGUGACUGGCUCUGGCUCCGUCUCGUAUGCUCUCGCGGAACGAGACUGGCUGAGUAGGAACAAGCCUCUCUUUGGGACACCCGAGAUGCACCUCCAGAAGCUGGGACAGUUUAUAGAGUUCCAGGAGUAGGAUGGAAGAAGACACAGUUUUGACGGGA